AUGCCCCCCAAGCCCCAGACGCAGAAAAGCAUAACAUCCUUCUUCUCCCCGCCCGGCAUCAAGGGCGAGCAGCAGCGCCUCCCACCCUGCUUCGCCUCGCCGCGCCGCACCCCGUACUCGGACCCCACGCCGACGCCGCUGCUGUUCACGGAGGCCGACAUGAGCGUGGAUAGCGAUGAAGCGCCGGCGCCGGCACCUUUCGAUACAACCCCGUCGCCGAGAUGGAGUGGGGGCGAGGACGGGUGGGAGCGGUUCAUACCGCCCUUGGAAGAGGCCGUGAUGACGGAGAAGAAGUCGCUAAUAGUAGUGCUCAAGAUUCCGGCGAUAACGGAGAAGAAGUCGCUAAAAGUAGUACUCAAGCUUCCGGCAGCGGCAGCGGCAGCGGCGGGGAAGCGCAAGCUCAGCGAAGUGCACCCGUCGCCGGCGCCGUUCGAUGCAACCCCGCCGCCCGGGCGCAACGGGGAUGGGGAUGGCGAGGACGAGUGGGUGCGGUUCACGCCGCCCCCGGAAGAGGCGGGGGUGACGGAGAAGAAGUCGCUAAAAGUAGUGCUCAAGAUUCCAGCAGCAGCGGCGGGGAAGCGCAAGUUCAGCGAAGUGCACCCGUCGUCGCCGUCGUCGUCGCCGACCCGGAAGGGCGCAGAUGGUCGUGGGAAUGGUGGGAACGGGGCGAACAAGAAGCGGCUGUCGUUCUUCGCGGCGGUGCCGUCGGUGUAUGGGAGUGCUGCUGCGAAGGCGGCGGUGCCGGUGGCGGUGCCGGGGCCGGGGCCGGUGGUGUAUGCGGGUGCUGCGUGUGUGGCGGCGAGGUUCCGCGCGGUGAAGGCGGUGAGGAGCGUGCCGGGGACGCCGGUGGCUGUGGUGGUGCCGGUUGCUGUGGCGGGUGAGACGGUGGUGGGAGCGGGUAAUGGUAAUGGCAAUGGUGGCUGUGGGGGGAACAGGAUGAAUGGCCCGGCGGAGGAGAAACAGAAAGAAAAACAGCCAGAGCCAGCGCCAGUGCCAGUGCCGGAGCAAAAGCAAAAGCAAAAGCAAAAGAAGAAGGCCGAAGUCUGCACGUCACCGCCGGCGGCUCCUCCAAAUGCUGCGAAUAUGAACGAUAAUCUGCCUUCUCCGCCGCCGCCGGCCACUCCAGCUGCUGCGAACAUCACACUGAGCGAGACUUCUCACAGCGACCCCGACCCCAUGGACAUCGACACACCAGACAACACCCACGCCCACGCCCACGCCCACACCCCCCCCACACACAUCCUCUUCACCCCCCACCCCCCAACAGCCACCAUCCGCACCCCCUUCACACACCCCCCACCUCCCGCCAUCUACACCCCACCCCCACCGCCAACCCUCUCAAACAGCCCCUACUCCACCACCGCCCACACCUGCCAGUCCACGCCCAUCGCGCGCCAGACAUUCGGCCUCCCGUACAGCGAGCGCGCGGCCAUUGCGGCUGCUGCCGCUGCUACCACUACUACUGCUAUCACUGAUCCAACGGCCGCGGCGGCGGUGGGGUAUUUGCUCCCGGCGUAUUCGCCGACGUAUGGGCUUUCGCUUUCGCGGAGCCCCGCGGAGGCGCUGCGGGCGGCUUUGACGAAGGGGGCAAACGCCCCGCGGGGGGCGGGCGCUGUUGGUGCGGGCGUUGUUGCGCCUGGGGAGGAGCGGCGGCCGGCGGCGGCGGAUAAGACGGUGCUGGUUCUAGAGACAGAGACGGUGCAUGAAGGAAAUAGCCCCGUGGACGUAACUCGAGGGGCGGAUGGCGGUCUGGUCGGCGCGGCGGUGCGGCAAGAUGAGCUGCCGGCUACAGAUGCGGUGCAGGAGGUCGAUAUUGCGGUUCCGGAUGCGGUACAGGAAGACGACUUUACGAUUAACGCGAUGAUUGAGGACGAUGUUCCAGUUAAUGCAGAUACAGUGCAGGAAGACGAAUGUUUGGUCGGUGCGGAUGCGAUGUGUGAGGAUGAGCUUCCGGUCAAUGCUUCGGUACAGGUUAAUUAUGCGGAGCAGGUCAAUUCUUUGGAAGUGGUUAAUUCUUCGAAUAUGGUCAUUUCUUCGGAACAUAUCAAUGCUUCCGAAUAUGUCACUUCUUCAGAAACGAUCAACCCCCCAGCCACAACCCAAUCCCCACCCCCCACCUCCCCCGACGCCCUCUACGCGCACGACGACUUCCCCCCCGACGACCCCUUCCCCACCCCCACGCCCAAAACCCUGCGCACAACCAUCAGCGGCCAACCCGUGUGCACUCUGCACCACUGCGCCACCUGCGACGCCGAGUCCUGCGUGCACGAGUUCUUCACCAAGUACUGCCCGCUCGAGGACGUGGCCGUCGGCGGCGCCGACCUGGUGUACCCGGACUACGUGCCCGCGCCGCCGCGGCGCACGCAGGCCGUCGGCGCCGACGGCGCGCAGGAGGUGCUGCAUGCGCCGGUGGGGCGCAAGGAGCUGCUGGCCGUCUUGAUUGCUGCGGGGGGCCUGGCGGGGUAUCGGAGGCUGCCGUAUCUGACGGCGGAGGCGAGGGAGUUUUUGAGGUGGCAUGCGGAGAGGGUGUUGGGGGAGUUGAGGAAAGUUGACGGCGACUUGCUCCAUGUGCAGUUCACAGUCCCAGAGAUCCGGAAACUCAUCCCCGCCGUCCGCGAAUACGCCCUGCAGAACAAGAUCCGCCUCCCCAACUUCAGCGCCAACCCCACCCCGCCCCCGGACCAGCUCGUUCGCGAUCUCUACAGCCUCCUCACGUACACCUUCAGCAACGACAACGACACAAAGGCCCUAAUCAACCUCUUCCUCACCACCACAAACUUCACGCUCCCCGGCCGCCAACCCGGCGACAUCCAGCGCUUCAUCUGGGACGCCUACAACACCGUCCCCGACCUGCGCGACCCCGCAAUCAUGGUCGCCGCCACGCGCCUGCCCCCCUUCCGCAGCCCCACCAACACAAAGAACAACAGCAUGCGCGCCCUGCGGCGCGAGCUCGGCACAACAGACCUCGACCCGCUGCGCGACAUGCAGGCGCGCCACAACUGGGCCAUGGCGCGCCUGCGGCCCGUGUGGGCCUUCAACGGCGGCAGCAGCGACAUCCACGACGCGCAGUGGACGCCCGACGGCGCGCGCUUCGCAAUGAGCACGCCGUGCACGAGCGACCAGUAUAACCGCCCCGGCAACCUCAUGCUGGGGUUCAACAGUGCGGGGGGGCCGCCGCCGCUGCCGCGCGUGCGCAUGCUGUACCGGCAUGCGCUGCGGGUGCGGCCGACGGCCGGCGGCUUCUUCGAGCGGUACGAGUAUACGAGUGUGCCGUCGAUCCGGUUCAGUAAUGAUGGCGGCAUGCUGCAUAGUUGUGGGCUCGAUGGGUGUGUCAAGACGUGGAGCGCGGGGGAUGGGAGGUGGCUGGGUGAGGUGGGCUUCGACGACCAGGUUGUGGUGAUGGAGACGAGUGCGGCGGUCGAUGGGUUGGUGGCGGCGGGGAGGUCGAAGGGGGCGGUGUCGGUCAUACAGAUCAAUGGGUCUGGCACUCAUGAUUCGGUCAGGAAUCUUAACCUCUUCGAUAAGGCGAACAAGAACAAGGUCUACCCCGCGGCGAUGGCCUGGGGCGGCGCCGGGUUCGAGAACUUCCUCGUGGUGGGCUAUGAUAAUGAAGGGAACAGCAAGAGCGGUGGACUCGCCGUCUGGGAUGUCGAGAGGGAGGUGAAUCUCUUCAAGUAUUGGGGCCAUAUCAAGCACCCGCAGAGACACUUUGAUGUGCGGAUGGGGCAACGCGGGAGGUUUGUUACUGGGAGUCUCAGACCGGGGAGGAUUGGUGGCUCGAUUGUCAGGCUGUGGGAUCUGAACACCAUGAGCGAGGUCGUAGAGUGCAUCAGUGACCAGGCGGACUUAAACUGCGUUACCAUUUCGCCCUGCGAGCGCUACCUCACCUCCUCAGGCACAACCAACAACACCCUCCUCUGGGACAUCCGCAACCCCUCGACCCCCUUGCACUCCCUCCAACACGGCGCCACCACAAUGCCCACCUCGGCGCAGACCAACCUCGCCGAGGACGACACGGGCGUCACAUUCAUCACCUGGUCGCCCCACAACAGCACGCUCUUCACCGGCGGCUCCGACGGCAAGAUCAAGCAGUGGGACCCCACGCGCGCCGCCCCCUUCCUCGUCGACGUCGCCGCCGUCGAGAGCCAGAUCAUGACCGCGGCCUUCAGCCCGUCGUGGGACGCCCUGCUUGUCGGCGAGGCGAGCGGGCGCGCGACGCUCUUCUCGACGGAGGGCGAGGAGGGCGGGCCUGUGCCCGAGAUUGUGACGGACUGGAGCGAGGACCGCGCGCUGAUGAAUCCGGAUAAUGAUGAGAAUAUGCGGUGGAGCAGCUGGAAUGGGCGGCGGGCGGGGGUGCCCGCGGCGGCGGCGGCGGCGGCGGUGGACGGUGGGGAGGAGGAGGAGGAGAGUGGCGUGCUGCUGGGGAGGGAGAUGGUGGCGGGGGGGUUGAUUGUGAGGGAUCCGGAGAACCCGAGGUAUGUUUGGGCGACGGAGAGGUAUGGGGUGAUGAGGGAGAAGGAGAGGAGGAGGAAGGAGAAGGAGGGGAGGGGGGGGAGGGCUUGA